AUGUCGUCGCAUCUUCACCUGGACUAUGUGUCGACCAGGACGGCAGAUCCGGGUACGGCAGAGGUUGCCGUCGUUCGCCGCGCCGAUGGUCGAACAUUGCGCAAGUCGUGCGACAGGUGCCACCAACAGAAACUGCGAUGCGUGGGAGACAAGACCUCGUUGACUCGGUGCAAGCGCUGCAAAACGGCUGGACUCGAGUGCGUGUAUGGGGCGAGAUCCAGCAAGAAGGCAAGCCAAUGCAGUAUCGAUAACUUUGCCACCUGGGACAACUGGCCUGGUAAUUCCGCGACCCCAACUCUGAACGAGGCGGUGAGCGAGCUAGACACCAUGUUUGGUCUUGAGUUGACCCAUUUCGACGAGGUCUUUCCGAUGUCUCCCGCGUCUCGGCCCGAUACUGGCGGGAGUCCGUCAUUUGUCGCCCCGAACUUGCCUGCGCUUGAGCAUGAUAGUGCUGGGAUUCCCGUCAGCUCGGCGAUAACCAUGCCCUUGCUAACCUCCGGGAGCUCUCCUGUAGCAGGAGAUGGACCCAUCACCGAGUUUCCUGAACUGUCGGCGCAGCUGGCCCAGGCUUUCCAGGAGUUAGAAGCAACUUUUCUUAGGACGGUAGAGGAUCAGACGAGCCGCCGAACUCAAGAUUAUCCUAUUGGCGAAGUCUUGAGCGCCCUCGGCAGUUUCUUGGGAGUUCUGAAGCUGAGCAACGUGGUGGGAGCAGGCCCCCUUAGCCGCCCUUGCACAUCUCAAACCCCCCAGGAUGCGCAUCUGCGGAGCAAGCAAGCAUCAAUAGCAGCGCAAGGCUAUGUGCUGUGUGUCAGGCUUCUAGCGUCCCUGUUGGAGCAGAUGCUCCAGAGUCUUUUGGCAUCGCCAUCGCCAUCGCCAACUGUUUCCGGCAGCUCAGCCAGUCCCGACAGUGCUCAAGACGCAAGCGGUCUGGGGGCGACAGGGAGCAACUUCUCUGACGCGUGUCAAGUUCCACACAGUCUUCGACUGGGAGAUCUGCUCGUGCCUCCAGAUCAUUUCGGCCACGCUCUGAGUUCCAGCGUCAACCUACUCCGAAUUGGCUGCAGCCGACUCAACGAGAUGGAAAGUUUACUUGGGAUACCCUCUAAGCAACGAGGGCAAAACACAUCGUCCCUAGUCUGCCUGGAGCAGGCAGGUGUUGCUCAGCAGGCACUCCCAGAUAACGGUUCCUCAGGACCGUCGUUGCCGGCUCGCUUCGUCGCGUCAAUAUGGGAGGACGAGACAAGCAUCAACAACAAGUCUUCGGUGGUGCACCUACAGCGCUGCCGUGCUGCAAUUUUGGGCCUUACCGAGCAUUGUGCAUGA